UCCACAACCCCACGACCAGAAACUGUGUGUUUGUUACCCUCUGCAAACGUACCCCCACUAGUUUAAAAAAUCUUCGGCAAUGGUGUCCCUAUCCCUAACAGCGGCUACCGGAACAUGUAAGACUUCUCUGGUAUCGUCGGUAAUUCCAAUUUCAACUAAUCUCCAUCAGUUUCCAGGAUUCAUAUCAGUCUUUAGAACAAGGUUGCAGUACAGAAGAGCCAUAAGAGCUUGUGCAUCGACUCCAAGCACACCUGCUGCUUCAUCACCAGGACUUUACUCCUCCAGCAAAUUCGAUCUCACACCUCAAAACGUUGACUUGGUUCUUGAAGAUGUUCGCCCAUACUUGCUCGCUGAUGGUGGAAACGUUGACGUUGUGUCUGUUGACGACGGUGUCAUUUCUCUCAAACUCCAAGGAGCAUGUGGAAGCUGUCCUAGCUCAACAACAACCAUGAAGAUGGGGAUUGAAAGAGUUUUGAAGGAGAAAUUUGGAGAUGCUGUCAAGGAUAUCCGCCAAGUUUAUGAUGAAGAAGCAAGAGAGACAACUGUUGAGGCAAUAAAUGGCCAUCUUGAUAUAUUGCGACCAGCCAUCAAGAAUUAUGGUGGCAGUGUGGAUGUCUUAUCUGUGGAGGCUGGACAUUGCACAGUAAAGUAUGUGGGUCCUGAGUCCAUUGGAUCAGGAAUCAGAGCAGCGAUCAAGGAGAAGUUCCCAGAUAUUGAGGAUGUAAUCUUAACUGGCUAGGUUGCUUAGUAUCACAAGCUUAAAGAAGAACCUGCUCUACUUGGUCAUAUAUGGUUAUAAUCAUUUAAGCUUUGACCAUUUGACACCUCAUAUGUGAGAUAUAUUUCAUACUUCUUGUAUUUAGGAUGUAACAGUGCUCUGGUUGACACUGCACUAUACCUAAAGAAGUUUUGAUGAAUAAUUAAUCCAAUAUUUCUUCAA